UUGAAGUUGGCGCGCACUCUGAAGGAAAUAACCCGAUGAUGAUAUAAAACAAUUCAUUCGUCAGAGAAAUAUGGCGGUUAUCAUAGGUGUAAAGAUUUUGAAGUGACCUGACAACGAAUUGUCAUUUUCCAGAGUGUAUCCAGUAAUUCGACGUAACCGGUGGACCACCGUCCGGUCCCCAAGCACCCAUCUGACCUCAAUCAUACCGUGACAAUGAGUGUCGACGCGUACGGCCCCAGUUCGCAAACGCUCACGUUUCUGGACACCGAGGAUGCUGACCUCAUCGGUGCGGACACACAGGGCUCUGAAUGUGAUUUCACUGAUUUCACGAUACCGUCACAAACGCAAGCAUCACAACAUGACCAGGCGGGCCCCAAAAUCGCUGGUGUACAGGUGAACAACAAUAAUAUCGCAAACAAGGUGCAGGCGGUUACGGCCGCCCUGGGUGAGCUUCAGUUCGAGGAGGAAGAUGAGGAGGGCUAUUUCAAUGCAAAAGAAUUGCCGGAUUAUGCGUGCAAGUAUUGCGGCAUCCACGAGCCGAAUUGUGUUGUUAUGUGCAACUGCUGUAAAAAGUGGUUUUGUAAUGGACGAGGCAACACCUCUGGCAGUCACAUUAUCAAUCACCUAGUUAGGGCAAAGCACAAGGAAGUUACUCUUCACAAAGAUGGGCCCUUAGGUGAAACCAUCCUAGAAUGUUAUAGUUGCGGUGUUAGAAAUGUUUUUGUUUUGGGAUUUAUACCAGCAAAAGCUGAUUCUGUUGUUGUUUUACUAUGUAGGCAACCAUGUGCUGCUCAAAAUUCACUCAAGGAUAUGAAUUGGGAUCAAGAUCAGUGGAAACCACUGAUUGCUGACCGUUGUUUUUUGACGUGGCUUGUAAAAAUUCCUUCGGAACAGGAACAAUUGCGUGCACGCCAAAUAUCCGCGCAGCAAAUUAACAAGCUAGAAGAACUAUGGAAAGAGAAUGUCGAUGCUACUUUCCAAGACUUGGAGAAACCCGGUGUGGAUGAGGAACCCCAACAAGUGCUUCUGCGGUAUGAGGACGGAUAUCAAUAUCAGAACAUUUUCGGACCACUCGUGAAACUAGAGGCGGACUACGAUAAGCGCUUGAAGGAGUCUCAGACUCAGGAGAACAUAGAAGUCCGGUGGGACGUAGGACUCAAUAAGAAGACGAUCGCUUAUUUCACUCUGGCGAAGACUGACGGCGACAUGAAGUUGAUGCAUGGCGACGAGUUACGGCUACGUUACGUCGGAGAGAUGCACAAGUCGUGGGCGGGUGUCGGACACGUGAUCAAGGUGCCCGAUAACUACGGCGAGGACAUCGGCAUCGAGCUCAAGAACGGGGCCGGGGCUCCAAGUGAAUGCAGUAGCAACUUUGUCGUCGACUUCAUCUGGAAGAGUACGAGUUUCGACAGAAUGCAGUUGGCGCUAAGAAAAUUUGCAGUGGACGACAGCUCAGUGUCGGCCUACAUCUACCAUCGUCUCCUGGGCCACGAAGUCGAAGACGUGCUAUUUCGCUGCCAACUUCCCAAGCAUUUUUCAGCCCCGAACCUUCCAGACUUGAACAGAUCGCAAGUUUAUGCAGUGAAACACGCCCUCCAACGACCACUGUCUCUCAUUCAAGGACCACCUGGUACCGGAAAAACUGUCACCUCUGCUACCAUAGUUUAUCAACUUGUCAAACAAAAGGGCGGUCCGGUUUUGGUGUGCGCACCCAGUAACACUGCCGUUGACCAACUGACUGAAAAGAUCCACAAAACCAACCUCAAAGUGGUCAGGCUGUGUGCCAAGUCACGUGAAGCUAUAGAUUCACCUGUUAGUUUCCUCGCUCUACACAAUCAGAUCCGAAAAAUGGAAGGAAACACCGAAUUACAAAAGCUGCAACAAUUAAAGGACGAGACCGGAGAACUGAGCUCCGUCGAUGAGAAACGUUAUCGCAUGCUAAAAAAGUUGGCUGAGAAGGAACUGCUAGAAGCAGCAGAUGUUAUUUGUUGCACAUGUGUUGGUGCCGGAGAUCCACGUCUUGUUAGACUGAAAUUCCACUCAAUCUUAAUCGACGAAAGCAUGCAGGCAACAGAACCAGAAUGCAUGGUACCUGUGGUUCUGGGCGUGAAACAAUUGAUUUUAGUCGGUGAUCACUGUCAACUGGGACCCGUUGUCAUGUGCAAGAAGGCCGCCAGAGCAGGACUGUCCCAGAGUCUGUUUGAACGUCUGGUGGUGCUUGGAAUCAGACCAUUCAGACUGGAGGUGCAGUACCGUAUGCAUCCAGAACUGUCUCGAUUCCCGUCCAACUUCUUCUACGAGGGCAGUUUGCAGAACGGCGUCAGUGCAGAGGAUCGUAAACUGACCAAAAUCGAUUUUCCUUGGCCUAUUGUGGAUAGGCCAAUGUUCUUCUUGGUGACCCAAGCGCAGGAGGAAAUCGCCGGGUCAGGUACAAGUUAUUUGAACAGAACUGAAGCGGCUAAUGUAGAAAAAAUCGCGACAAAAUUUUUACGUUCGGGAGUGAAACCAGAACAGAUAGGUGUAAUAACGCCUUAUGAAGGCCAACGUGCAUACUUGGUGCAGUACAUGCAGUACCAAGGAUCAUUGCACAGUAAACUAUAUCAGGAAAUUGAAAUAGCUAGUGUAGAUGCCUUCCAGGGUCGCGAAAAGGACAUCAUAAUUAUGUCCUGUGUCCGCUCCAAUGAACAUCAGGGUAUAGGUUUCUUGAAUGAUCCCCGUCGUUUAAACGUUGCAUUAACCAGAGCCAAGUAUGGUAUUAUUUUAGUAGGGAACCCAAAGGUUUUGUCCAAGCAACCUUUGUGGAAUCACCUGUUGAGUUUUUACAAAGAACAGAAAGUUUUGGUAGAAGGUCCGUUGACUAACAUGAAAGAGUCUAUGAUCCAAUUUGCGAAACCUAAGAAAUUAACAAACAGCGAUAAUCCCGGCUCCCACUUUAUGUCAACUUCAAUGUUUGAUGCACGCGAGGCAAUGGUUCCAGGUUCUGUCUACGAUCGCACUAAUGCCGCAAUCAAUGGCCAAUUCACUGGUUAUGGUCAAAGAGCUGCACCUGGUGCUCAAACUCCUGGCAUGCCCUUAGACAUGUUUAAUAGGACUCACGAUCCAAUAUCGUACAUAUCAUCGGAUAGAAGUCAAGCCGGUGGUAUGAAUCUACCUGUCCCAGUUGGAAUGUUUAUGAACAUGGCCCAUAUACCGCCUCGUUUCUACAAUCAGCAUCAACAGGCUCUACAAGCUCGUCAACAGCAAAACCUACCGCAAAGAAAUAGGAAAAUUCCCACCAGGCAAAAAGUAAAGGGAGGUCUGUCUCAGGACCAGAGUCAACCAUUUAGCCAGACAAUGCAACUGACACAACAAGGUGGCAUGUCGCAACCAGGUCUAUCCCAACCAGGCGGCGGCUUCAGUCUAAGCCAACCAGGUCUGUCACAAGCUGAGCUGAGCCAGGACCCUUACAUGGCCGAGUAUCAGUCCCAAAUGGACGGACUUCUAUCCCAGGACUCUACCUAUCAAGGCGAUCGUUCGGCAUUUUACCAACCAGCCAGCGCCCAGUUCUCCCAACCAUACUGAUUGCAUUUCGAAGGACAAGUUUUAGAAGAAUCGCGGGAGCGGUUAACUGAAAAUCUGCAAGUGAAUGAUCUGAUUGUCGAUUGUCAAAUUGUCAGUAACGCAGCAGCAAACACAGGUCCAUGACGUCGAAUACCGAAUAAUAAACGAAAACCAACAAAAAAAUAACAAUGAGAAAGAUGAUGGUUCAAUGUCAUGUAGCACCUUUGUGACCAAGAGAACACGACGACUUCUACAAUCAAACUGAGGAAUGGGCACAUCAGCGUGUCUCUUACCUCUCAAAAGCCUGUAGAUGAUUGUUUUCACACACAAAAAAAAACACAAAUGCUGUGACUAACAUUCAUUUUUUAUCAGUAUGUAUCUUAGCCUUAUUUUUAAUUAUGUGUUUGUCAAACCUAUUGUUAGCAAUUGGUAAUGUGGCUUGGCAUCAACAGUAAAUUUAUUAUCUUGUUAAAAAAAAAUCUAAAUGUGGACCACUAAUACUUUAUAAAAGUGUUAGUAUAUAAUAUAUAAAUAUAAACAACCCUAGUAGCAUUACCAAUUCUUAUAAAGGAGAUAAUUUGUAUCAUUAUAAAAAAAUUAUAAUUUAAUAUUUAUAUAGUUGUUAGUUCUUUAUAAUAUUAAUUUGGCAUAUGCGUUACAGGAAUUAUAAUUGCUAUUUUUUGGGAAUUUUGUUAUAAGUUUGUCAUCAUAGCUUGUAAUCCAUCAAAUUUUUUGUCCCAUAUUAAGUGAAUGAACACAUAUGAGACGUUCUCAAUAAUCAGCAGCAGAAAUUAUGAUACACAAAUUUUGGAGCACCAUAUUAUGUUUAAUUAAUUUUAGUAAACCUCUCCAUUAUAAUCAUUUCAAUAAAUUAAUUUCCAGAA